CACACUGCACACCUUCACUCACAUGACCGUCGCUAGCUAGCUGCUGCUGGCCUGGGAUCGAUCUCGUCUUCCUCCCUAGCUGGGACUGGGAUAUCUCUUGUCUUCUACUCCCUUCUUCCAGCUAUAUCUCACCUUGUUUCCCGCACAUCCACCUCAACAACCUUCUAGCUAACUAGUGAGGUAGACACACACAGAGAUCAGAGUAGGACGACGACGACGUAGCUAGCUAGGGAGCCAGGGAUAUAUGGCAAGGUCGUCGUCGUCAAUGGCGGCGGCGGCGGCGGCGUGCUGUGGGGUGGCGGAGGAGACGGUGAUGGGGGAGCAGAAGGCGCCGGGGGCGUGCCCGCGGUGCGGCGGCGCGGUGGUGGCCACGGACGUGGAGAGCGUGCGGCGGGUGCUGUGCUGCCUGCCGCUGUGCGUCAAGAACAAGCGCAAGUUCUCCUGCUCCCGCUGCCGACGAAGCCUCGCCGCGCUCUACACCCACGCCUAGCCUAGCUAGCUCCACUAGUAGUAGAUUAUUAUUAGUCCGGCCAUGAUGGUACCAUUCUGAGAUUAGCUAGCGCCGCGAGAGCGAGCUUUAAUUUGUCCGUCCUGCUAAUUGAGUUUUGGCUUCAUAUCAUGUUAGCAACGCAAAUCACCAGCACUACUACUACUAGAUUAGCUGUGUACGUAGCUAUGCAACAAUCUAUAUAUCUGUUCGUUGAGUUUA